AAGAGGAGGGGCGGAGCGUUCCCUACUGUCCGCGUCGAACCAUAGGUACUCCAGGUCCUAGAAACAGCUUCCGCUGAAGCUCCAGGCAGCUCCGUGGCUGACUGCCUGAAUCAGCUGGUCGGGCAGGACUAGGACUAGGAGGGCAGUCAGCUGUUCUAGUGCUCUCCCCCCCCCCCGGACCGGACCGGGGAGAGCAGAAAUUCCUUCCCAGGGCGAGACUCAUUCAGUCGCAUUUUGACAGUUAAAGAGAUCACAUCUAUAGGUCAGGAAUUGGAACAAGUUUUUUGUCAGAGAAGGUCCAACAGUUUUUGUCGCCGACUUGGAUUCACAAAUGAGCAAAAAAUCCAUGAACGGACAAGAAAGAUGAAUGAACAAGACCUUUAAUCUUGAAGCAUCUCGCAGGUUUGGAAUAUUUCUCUGCUCCGGGUUAUCAACUAGAGGUUGAAUUAUCACUGAAAUGGCGAAUGGAUUGAUUUGCUCUGAGACUCUGGUCUCCACUCCUAAAUACAGACACGACUCUAACAGUGAGAACUGUCCCCCUGAAUAUAAGGAGAUAAAAUCAUACCAACUCCUGUGCCAGGAGGUACUUCAAGAAUCGGAGCUGAAACCUCUACAUGUCCCCUGUAAACAGAUUUAUGAAAAUUUCCAGCAUCCUCCGGUGAAAGCAGACUGUGAUACUAUUAUACUAAAGGAUGAUAGAGUUCUACAAAAUUUAUUAAAAAACGAAGACAGGUAUACGCCAACACCUAGCGAGUAUUUCAGUAAGGUUCAGAUAGAGAUUAAACCUCACAUGAGAAAGAUAGUAUCUGACUGGAUGCUGGAGGUCUGCCAGGAGCUCUGCUGCCAGCCGGAGGUCUUCUGCUUGGCCAUGAACCUCAUGGACAGAUUCCUCGCCGUUUGCAGAAUUAAUAAAUCUCAGCUCCAACUUCUUGGAGCCGCCUGCCUUUUUCUGGGAUCCAAAUUCCGAUCUUUGGAGCACAUCUCCAGUGAUAAACUUGUCAUGUACACGGACUACAGCUGUACAAUCCAGGAACUAAAGGACUGGGAGUUAUUAAUACUGACAAAGCUCCGAUGGGAGUUGAGCUCCACCAUACCCUUGGACUACCUGGAUCAUAUCCUACCUAGGCUACACCUACCAAGCCAUAUAGAUAUUCACAGGCUUAGGAUCAAAACGGAAACCAUCUUAGCCCUGGCCGCAACACAUAUCAAGUUCAGCUGUCAGCUUCCCAGUGUUCUAGCCGCAGCGAGUAUUCUUACAGCGUUGAACAGCUGUCAACAGGAGACCAAGAACUUGGAGUCAGACUUGAGAUUAGGUCGGAGAACUGACUCCGACGAAGUCUCCGAGAAGCUACUCCGGUGUACCCGACUAUGCCUGCAAGGACUGACCUAUGCAGGUUCGGAUAUCCUGGAUGAGGUGUGCAGGGACCUUUGUGAGAGUAUACCUGGAUACUUGACCGGACACGUCCCGUCCUCAUCACAGUCGCCAGAUACGUCCUCAAUAACUUCAACACAACCUCUACACAUGCUGAGUCCGGUACCCUACCCGGCCACCUCCUUCAAUCCCACCACCUGUUCCUCCUCCUCCCCCUCCUCAUCCUCCCCCUCCUCAUCCACCCUGGACAUAUUCUCGGAGUUUCAAUCAGUUUUCAACCAACAAGAUCAAUCAUACUCAGGGGACGCUCAUGUCUCAAACUCAAUAUUAGUCACGUGACUUGAAAAUACCAAAAAAUAUAAAAAAUCCUCCAAUGAUAAACAAGCAAAAUAUUUUUGCAAAAAUGGUGUUAUCGAAGAUUAAACAGAUUUAAUCGGACUCAAUACAAGUGCGCCUGUUGA